UUCUAAACAGGUCCUUAUUAGCACACAAUCUACGUCUCUCUAUCUAAAUAUAGUGUAAAUAUUGUAAUUUGUUGCAACUUUAAGUUCUCUGUGUACGCUACACUGCUACUUGCAUCUAGCCUGCUAGUCUCUCCUUGGGUGAUUGGGUCCUUCAGUCCUUGCAAUUUCCUCCCGCACUCCCGGUUCUCCCGCACGCUCCCCUCUGCCUGUCCGUGUCGCUUGCUUCGCUUCUGCAAACCCCUGCCCGGCGGCCGGGGCGAGGGGGCGUGAUGGUGUUCAAGGGGCGCUUCUUCUCGUCGCGACACAAGUCAUCGGAGUCAUCUUCCAGCCCAGACGGCAGCAACAGCCCACGCACGCCUACCUCGGCCCCGGCCUCGGCAUCCGCGGCGUCGCCGGCGUCGUCGUCGUCGUCUAGAUCCGACAAGAAGAAGACUAAAUCGGAGACUCCUAAGAAGCGCGACAAGCUCUUCGGUUCCGCGGCCACCGCACCCAAGAGCGCCGCAUCGUCGGCCUCGUCAAGCCCGGCGGGUGAUGGGAGGAAGGGGUCCGUGCCGCAUCAUAGGGAUGCGGGCGUCGGGGGCGGGGGUGGCGCGUCGGCGGCCGCGCUGUCGCCGAUCCUGGCGUCCUCGCUGGGGCUCAACCGGAUCAAGACGAGAUCCGGGCCGCUGCCGCAGGAGGGCCAACGCAUGGCUGCCGUGAUCGGGAGCAGCAACCUCUCGCGCGGGCAGGGCCAAGCGGAACCGUCGGCUGCCUCAGCCGGCGUCGGCGGUAGAAAGGGCGUCACCUCCUGGGCGGAUACUAGUAGUAGCAGCCGCGGAAAAGGGAAGACGACCGAGCUGCCGAUGCGAAGUACAGCUGGGACGAGCUUGGGACCAGUAGGGAAGAGCGCUGUAAAAGCUAAACCUAGUGCACAGCGGAACCAUUCUGGAGAUUUGAGGACACCUACUCACAUACCUGAGGCUGCGUGUGCAUAUGAUCCGUGUGAGACACCAAAGGAAUCCGAGUCCCCACGCUUUAAAGCCAUUAUGCAGGCUACUAGUGCACCGAGGAAGAGACUCCCUGCAGAUAUAAAAAGUUUUUCACACGAGCUGAACUCCAAAGGGGUGCGCCCAUUUCCUUUUUUGAAACCUCGGGGCAUUUACAACUUAAAGGAGGUAAUAAAAGUUAUCCAUGUGAGAUUUGAGAAGGCAAAGGAAGAGGUAAAUUCAGAUUUGGCAGUUUUUGCAGGAGACUUGGUUAGCGUAAUGGAAAAGUAUGCAGACUCUCAUCCUGAGUGGAAAGAUGCCCUGGAGGACUUGCUAAUACUUGCACGUACCUGCUGUGUCAUGACACCUGGGGAAUUCUGGCUUCAGUGUGAAGGUAUAGUGCAAGAUUUGGAUGACCAUCGUCAGGAACUCUCAAUGGGUGUGCUGAAGAAACUAUACACCCGGAUGCUUUUUAUCCUUACAAGAUGCACAAGGCUGCUCCAGUUCCACAAAGAAAGUGGUUUUGCUGAGGAUGAAGUUGUUAUUGAUCAGCGUGAUAAGAUUAUACAAUCUGCAGAUAGGCAGAUUUUAACUCAAUCAGGUGUGGGUGACACAACAUCCAGAGCCAGUAAAAGUGAGGCAAGAAAAUCAUACAGUCAGGAGCAGCAUAAUUUGAAAUGGAAGCGUAGCCAGGAGAUAAAGCCUGUUAACCUUCUUCCACCACUUGAUACGGAUGUUAAGAAAGUGGCUGAUUCUCCAACCAAAGAACGAAUAUCUUCCUGGAAACCUUUUCCAUCUCCUGUUACGAAGGUCCCAAAAGAAUCUACUCCUACUAAAUUGGAAUCACCUAAUAAGAAAACAGAUGCACACUCUACAGUUAGUAGCCAUGUUGAAUUAAGCAGUCCAGUUGAAUCUUUACCACAACAACAGCUUCCUGUCAAGCAUCAACAUAAAACUUCAUGGGGCCACUGGUCUGACCAGCCAAAUAUUUCUGAAGAGGGUUCAAUAAUGUGUCGCAUAUGUGAAGAGUAUGUUCCAACACAGUAUGUAGAAGACCAUUCAAGGGUCUGUGCAAUUGCUGACAGGUGCGAUAAAAAAGGUGUUAGUGUUGAUGAACGCUUAAUCAGAGUUGCGGAAAUGCUAGAAAAGAUGGUAGAAUCUUAUUCACCGAAAGACCUGCCAAAUGCUGCAGUCAGCCCAGAUGUUGCAAAAGUUUCAAGUUCAAGCAUCAAUGAAGAAUCUGAUGGUCCCUCUCCUAAACUCUCUGAUUGGUCUAGAAGAGGAUCUGCUGAUAUGCUUGACUAUCUCCAAGAGACUGAUAACACUAUUUCAUUGGAUGACAUUAAAAAUCUUCCUUCAAUGACAUGUAAGACUCGUUUUGGACCAAAAUCUGAUCAUGGAAUGGCCACAUCAUCCGCUGGAAGUAUGACUCCUAGGUCUCCAUUAACUCCAAGAUCAAAUCAUAUAGACAUGCUUUUAGCUGGUAAAAAUGCAAUUAAUGAGAGUGGUGAUCUUCCGCAGAUUGUCGAACUUGCUGAUAUUGCACGAUGCAUAGCAAAUACCCCUCUGGAUGAAGAAAGCGCAUUAUCCCAAAUGGUUACCUGCAUAGAAGAUCUUCAAGAAAUUGUCAACCGCAGGAAGCAUGAGGCCCUCACAGUCCAGACAUUUGGAACACGCAUAGAAAAACUACACAGGGAGAAGUAUCUGCAGCUCUGUGACUCAGUUGAUAUGGACAAGGUUGAUUCAGCAAGCACCAUAAUGGAUGAAGAAGAUGAUGUUGUUCGUAGCUUGCGCGCAAGUCCUGUCCAUCCAGUCAAGGAUCGCACUUCAAUUGAUGACUUUGAAAUCAUGAAACCUAUUAGCCGUGGAGCAUUUGGACGUGUUUUCUUGGCCAAGAAAAGAACUACAGGAGAUCUUUUUGCUAUAAAGGUUCUUAGGAAGGCAGAUAUGAUUCGGAAAAAUGCUGUCGAGAGUAUAUUGGCUGAACGUGAUAUCUUGAUUACAGUCAGGAACCCUUUUGUGGUACGCUUUUUCUAUUCGUUUACCUCACGGGAGAAUUUGUAUCUGGUCAUGGAGUACCUGAAUGGAGGGGACCUUUACUCAUUACUGAGGAAUUUAGGGUGCCUGGAUGAAGACGUUGCUCGUGUAUAUCUUGCAGAAGUUGUACUAGCUUUGGAAUAUUUGCACUCUAUGCACAUAGUCCAUAGGGAUCUAAAGCCUGACAACUUGUUGAUAGCCCAUGAUGGACAUAUUAAGUUGACAGAUUUUGGGUUGUCCAAGGUUGGUUUGAUCAACAGCACAGAUCUGUCUGGUCCUGCUGUUAGUGGGGCUUCACUGUAUGGAGAUGAUGAGCCUCAGAUGAAUGAGCUCGAACAAAUGGAUCACCGAGCACGGAGACAAAAUCGUUCUGCUGUUGGAACUCCUGAUUAUUUAGCACCAGAAAUCCUUUUGGGGACAGGACAUGGUUGCAGUGCAGAUUGGUGGUCUGUUGGUGUCAUUCUGUUUGAGCUCAUUGUUGGCAUACCUCCAUUCAAUGCAGAACACCCCGAGGCAAUUUUUGAAAAUAUUAUGAAUCGCAAAAUACCUUGGCCACAUGUCCCAGAAGAGAUGAGUUUUGAUGCACAAGAUUUAAUUGACAGAUUAUUGACAGAAGAUCCUCAUCAACGACUAGGAGCAAAUGGUGCCUCAGAGGUUAAACAACAUCCAUUUUUCAAAGACAUUAGCUGGGAUACCCUUGCUAGGCAGAAGGCUGCCUUUGUUCCUUCCUCCGAUAGUGCAUUUGAUACUAGCUACUUCACCAGUCGCUAUUCUUGGAAUCAAUCAGAUGAAAACAUAUAUGAAGCAUAUGAGUUAGAGGACUCCAGUGAUAAUGGAAGCCUUAGUGGAAGCAGUAGUUGUGUGAGUAACCAAGAUGACAUGGGGGAGGACAGCACUGGCCUCAAUGAGUUUGAAUCUAGUGCAAAUGUCAAUUAUUCUUUCAGCAACUUCUCGUUCAAGAAUCUAUCACAACUUGCUUCCAUCAACUACGAUCUGCUCACCAAAGGAUUGAAGGAUGAUCCACCGCCAAGAACAGAAAUGUAGCAGUUAAUCUAAAUUUGGAUGGACUCAUUUGAGUACUCAGACAGUCUACAAGGUGCUCGUGGGAUGUAGGUCUUGUACAUAUCAAAGUGUGAGGCAUGGUCUGUUCCUAUUGAGGCUGUUCCUACAUCUCGCGGAUCCGAGUACAGUUUUGGUGUUGCCUUGUUUUCAUGACUAUUGCCAUGCCAUCAUCAGUGAAAUCACCCUUGACCAAAUUUGGCAUUCGACCUAGGAGCGCUGUCUUUUUGGUUCGUCUUUCCUUUUUUUUUAGUCCUAUUAUGAGCCUUGGGUUUACGGAGAUUGGUCAAGGUUACUGUAUUCAGAAUACAGCUCCUGAAGACGUAGGCGGGUUUCAGAGAAUUGCCAUUCUGGCAUACAGUUGACUCUGGUUCGUUAAGCUGGUAGCCCGCUGGACUUCCUGCGGCCAGAACUGUCCACAACAUUUUGAUGGCCGUGGAAUAUAACAUUUUGCUUAAUGUGUCCAGUGUCCAACAGAAUCAGGGACAUUUUAAGAAGAAUAUUAACCGAUUGACAUUAUAAGGAUAUCAAAUGGAAGCGGCGUUUUAUGCAAUUCAAAA